AUGGAUCAGAUCGACAGACAACCUGACACUAUAUCGUGCUUAGUUGAAGGAGAACCAGUCGUAGUAGAAGACAGGAUGGAAUUAGAUGCAUCGUCCACAAAUCUGACAGGAACAUCAACGCCCUGUAACGAAACUCACAGCGAAACGACGUCGGAGGUUACCAUUGCAAUCGAAUCGCAAACGUCUGUCUCAUCAACUACUACUCGAAUAUCACCUACUCCUCCCGUAAUGGACGACGCGGACAAGCGAUUCAUUUCAACUUUCAGAGGAAGAACUAUACAUGGCCUUACAAUCGAUCUACCUUCAGGAUACUCUGGCCUGGUCUUACGCGGCGAAGCAUCAAACCCAAGUCGGCAAAGUCACGAAAACGAACAGAACAACAAAGCUACGGAUAGCAAUAACAACCAAGGCCACAAAACAAACACCGGCGAGAAAGUAAUGGUGGCCGAGGCUCAAAAACCAACUAAAAGGCCUCGUGGACGGUUAACUCGCAGUGCUGCUUCAAAACCUACCGCAAUGACGAUUGAGGACGAAAACGAGGGCGAGAACAUGCCAACAGAUGCUACCCAGAAUGUUCCCGACGUCAACAGUGAACUAGAAGAACAGAAGAUCGUCGAGGCACAAGACACUCUUCCUGUCCGCCACAUUACUCCUCAGGCUCAAUUUUCCUCCUUCACUCUAUGGCAUGCUGAUCGACCUGUGGACAAGGGCAAUGACGAAUAUUACCGCUCAAUAACUGAAUGGAUAUCCCUUGCGCAGGAGCAAGACACCUCUUUGAGGAAGAAAAGGCCGAGCCCUGAAGGUGGCUCCCACGCUGGUACACCUGCCCCUAGUGAGAAGAUAUUAAAAGGCCCUGAGAUGUCACUUUUUGUCAGUGUCACUCUUAUCAACAGCCACUCUGAUGCCGCCCUUUAUUCUGCUGCAGAUUGUUGA